AUGAAUAACCUUAUUUAUUUUUUCCCCAAUUUUUUUUUAUUCUUUUCUUUUCUUUUUGCAUUCUUCUUCCCUUUUUUUUUUUCAAAAAAUCCCCUUCUUUUGAAUUUCCCUUCUUUUGUUCUUUUCUUUUUUUCUUCUUUCUUCCAUUCUUUUCUUUUUUCCCUUCUUCUUCCAUUCUUUUCUUUUUUCCCUUCUUCUUCCCUUCUUUUCUUUUUUCCCUUCUUCUUCCCUUCUUUUCUUUUUUCCCUUCUUCUCCCCUUCUUUUCUUUUUUCCCUUCUUCUCCCCUUCUUUUCUUUUUUUCCUUCUUCUCCCCUUCUUUUCUUUUUCCUUCUUCUCCCCUUCUUUCUUUUUUCCUUCUUCUUUUUUUUUCUUUUCUUUUCUUUUUUUCCUUCUUCUCCCCUUCUUUUCUUUUUUUCCUUCUUCUCCCCUUCUUUUCUUUUUUUCCUUCUUCUCCCCUUCUUUUCUUUUUUUCCUUCUUCUCCCCUUCUUUUCUUUUUUUCCUUCUUCUCCCCUUCUUUUCUUUUUUUCCUUCUUCUCCUUCUUUCUUUUUUUCCUUCUUCUCCUUCUUUUCUUUUUUUUCCUUCUUCCCCUUCUUUUUUUUUCCUUCUUCUCCCUUCUUUUUUUUUCCUUCUUCUCCUUCUUUUUUUUUUCCUUUCUCCCCUUUCUUUUUUUUUCCUUCUUCUCCCCUUCUUUCUUUUUCUUUUCUCCCCUUUUUUUUUUUUCCUUCUUUCUUUUUUUUUCCUUCUUCUCCCCCCCUUCUUUUCUUUUUUUUUUCUUCUCCCCUUCUUUUCUUUUUCCUUCUUCUUUCUUUUCUUUUUCCUUCUUCUCCCCUUUUUUCUUUUUUCCUUCUUCUUUCUUUUCUUUUUUUUCUUCUUCCCUUCUUUUCUUUUUUUCCUUCUUCUCCCCUUCUUUUCUUUUUUUCUUCCCCUUCUUUUCUUUUUUUCCUUCUUCUCCCCUUCUUUUCUUUUUUUCCUUCUUCCCUUCUUUUCUUUUUUUCCUUCUUCUCCCCUUCUUUUCUUUUUUCCCUGAAACUACAGCCACUUUUUAUUUCUUCAAAUGUUUACUUUUAUUUCUUGUCUUGUCUCUCUACUGUACUUCCCUCUCUUUCUGCUGUCCCCCCUCGCCAUCCAACUUCUUCCUCUCUCUCUUUCUGCCUGCCGUCCUCUCUCUCUCUCUCUCUCUCCUCUCUCUCUCUCUCUCUGCUGCCGUCUCUCUCUCUCUCUCUCUCUCUGCCUGCCGUCCUCUCUCUCUCUCUCUCUCUCUCUCUCUCUCUCUCUCUCUCUGCCUGCCGUCCUCUCUCUCUCUCUCUCUCUGCCUGCCGUCCUCCCCCCCAUCUCUCUCUGCCUUCUCCUCACUUUUUUUUCCUUCCUUCCUUUCUGACUCCCUUCUCUUUUCCCUCCCUCACAUUCUUAUUCUCACAAACUUUAUUUUUCUCCUUUCUUUCAGUAUCUCUUGAAUCAGUUUGUUAG